UUCGCGAUCCUGCCAUUUCUCUGAGCCCAUGUGAAGAACUUCAGGCCUUUUGGAAGACUUUCCAGUUGGAUUCCUUCCAGAGUGCUUUGCAAAGCUGGUCAGACGACAUUGCGAGGUUGAAAGACACCUACCACUUUCCAUCUCAGCUGUCGCCGGCUGUACUUACCAGCGCUACAAAACGCAUCGAAGGUCUGCUCGACAAUUUGCCGAUCCCUGGGAGGGCAAUGCUAGAGAUUGUAGUGGACAGGAGUCUGUUUAGUGACCUAGAUGUCAUGGACAAUGUCAUGCUCUAUGGUGCCCUGUUCAGAGCCUAUAUGUGGCAUCAUGCUACUUUUAGACCUCUGGGAGUUGGUUCGAGCAUACAGAUGGACAAAUGGAUGAAUAGCAUGACAGUUACUGGCUUGGACCUUCAAUAUGAGUGGCUUCCCGUGUGGAAAGGACGCUUCACUGAUGGAAACACUACGACAGCAUGCCACUUUGAGCUUCAGUGCUUUGUUCCUGAUACUUACGACCCGAGCUUGAAGGAGUUUUUGCCACAUUAUGAGAAACCUGUAAGAGAAAGACUCGUGGACUACUACUCCCUCCUAUCACUGGAAGGCUUGGUUUGGAGUACAUCUAUAGAGGUCUUGGAUGUCUUUCUUUUAGCAGCCUCCCAAUGCACUUUAUUACUCUACUCUUUGCCGGUUGUAUCCUUUCCUACUGCUACUAAAUUUUUUGCAUUUGUCUUGCUGCCUUCGUUCCAGUAUCAUUACAACUUAAAGGGCCAGUAAACAGGCUUUGACUUUUUUUUUACACUCUGCAAACAAGCUUGCCAACUUGUACAGUACACCGUGGCGAUCAAAAUUUUCAAAUAUUACAGUGUUACACGCCAUGUAGACUCUUCAUUUCGAAAAAUAAUCCCACAUCCAUUUUCUUUGCCUGAAGAAUCCUCCUCGUACAAGCACAGUGAUGAAAGCUUGCUCUUGGGCAACUUUACGUACCACUGAGCUCGUCGAUUGGUCCUUUGCUGUACUAAACGACACCUUGGCUCUGCGGUGAUGCGUUUUCGGCGGCGCAGUCCGCAUUUCAUUUUCCUGUGCAGCCCUCUGUCAUUUUGUAGAGCCCAAGACUACCGGGAGAAGCAGUAUUACCAGAACGAAAAGCCUCCAAGACAAAGAGGCGUCUCUCUACUUUACUACUAGGGGAGGUGUGCUCCUCGAACUGCACUUUCUCUCCGCGCUGCUAUGACACAUGCUCAUGUCGGCGAUGCAGUACUUGGUCAUUGUCUGUGUGCCGAUAAUGUAUCGCGAACGUCAUGUCACAUUGCCGAAAGUGAGCGGAGUCACGACAGCGGGCUACACCUUUCCCCUCCCUAUGACAAAGAAAGGUGGCAAGGUCACGUGUAAUAUUGAAACCCGCUGAAACGGAUGUUCUAACCCCUAUAAUUUUGUUAUUUUAGCACGUAUUUGCAAAAUUCUUGUGGCAGCAUGUGUACAUAGCAAAAGUGCGCAUAUUUCUCUUCAUAACUUUUGGACCUCGGGGUUGUUUACUGGCCCUUUAAAAAGUAGUGGUUUAUACCUCGUCUGCUGGUUGAAGGGUGUGUACUCGAAUUGUGGAUAUUGAUUUGCUGCUUGAAAUUUUCAUGGAACAACUGUGUCAAUGUGUCAAUCGCAUUGCAUGGAGAAAAAAAAAAAGAAACACUUAACUAGCUAUGCUUCAUGGACACUGAUGAAACUGCAAAGCUGGUGGUCCCAGGCUAUUGCAUUUGUAUGUUUUGCAAGUCUUUCAGAUAUGUUGUGUCACUGCUCUUUAAUAAACAUACUUUGUUAAGUUUUGAGUUGGUAAUAUAGCCACCACCUUUUAUAACCACAAAGUAUAACAGGACAGUUGUGCGACUGUGGUAAAUUGCACGCCAUUUGUUAGUCUAUUGCCUUCUUUCUUCUGAGUGAACCAGGGCUGAAUAGUGGGAUUUAUCCAGCUUUUAUGGUGCAUACUCGUUGAUGAUGCCCGCUGCCAUAGGAUCCCGGACAUGAAAGCCUAGACUAAAAAUAGCUUCACUGUUUUUAAACUUGAGAGGUAGUGCGCCUAGCGUCCGCAAGCCAGCAUCCCCUAAAGCCGCUCCCAUCUUGUGCUUGAUGCUCAUGAUAGAAUUCCCAGCACGCUCCUGUUUUUUUAUGCUCGGCUUCGAAAUUGUGACAUGGUGCUUCCUCCUCCAUGUCACUUAGCCAAAAAAGGUUGCCAUUCAGCUUUGAAAAAGUUAUGAGCUAAUAAAGUAACUAGUUAAUUAUAAUUUUGCUUUGAACUUGCAUGAAUAUUUAUGUAUUUUAAACUUGGUUUGGAGGAAGCAAGAAAGAAGUUCCUGUAAAUUGGCCUAAUGAACCCCACUUUUUACUUUGUAAGAAACCUUUGCUGAUUUUUGUGCACUGAUUAUGCUGAACCUUUUGAUGCUGCUCAGAACUCGUACAGAACUUUCUGUGAGCUAUUGACUACUUGGCAAUAUGCUAGACUGUCCGCGAUAUUGUGUAGGUGACUAACACUACACUCCAAUGUUACCUGUAUUCUACCAAUGCCGCCCAAUCUGCAUUAUUUUGGACUUCAUGCAUGUAACACAUAUUGCCUUGGUUUAUGGUAGUAUAGUAUUCUUUAUAACAUUGCAAAUGAGUUCUGCAAAAUUCCGCUAGUGGGCGUAAAGGUUAUCAAAGGCCAAACCCCUACACAUAGGACAACCCUCUAUUCAUAAUGGAAAGCUCUGAUAGGUAUAGCACAUAUUUCAUAAUCACUGUAAAUUUUGUUAAUUGAGGAGCCCUUCACACAAUGCUGUAAAAAAAAAGUAUUAGUGCCACUUAUUGCUUUCGACCACAAAAUGUCCUAGAAUUUAAAUGACAGCUGUCUUGCAUUGCAUCAACUACGAUAGAAAAUUUGAAGGCCAGAAAGAGUACUAGGAAUUAAUGCUUUUUAGUUGCUGGCAUUUGGGCAAAUUCUUUAUUGACAUAUGUUCUUUUUUAAAUUCUUUUUUAGUAAUAUUGUCAAGCUGAAACUGUAACACUUACGAAAACAUACUGAGCAGUUUUUUUUUCUGCUAUUAUCAGUGUUAUUGUUCUCACCAUAAUAUUCUGCGAUUUUCCAUGAUUUUUCGUUAAGUGGUGCAGAGGUUUAUAAGGGCACUGUAGCUAAUUCUAGCCAGAGUUUACAAAUAUGCUGACACACUCUAUGACGAUGAGACCAAAUACAUAUUGCUGACUGUGGCAUGGAUUAAGUGACAUCACUCUUGUGUUCUGUUCAAUUGUUUAGUCAAGUGAGAAUAAUUAAUGGGCUUUUGAAGCAGUGAAACUGAGCAAUAAAUUCCAAUGAAAGUUGU